AUGGCGGGAAACGACGAUUCAUCAAAGGGAGUAUCCCGGCGGAUCCUCCAUUGGCGUUCAGGCUGCAAGAGCAGAGGCACUCCCAGUAGUAUGUUUUCGGUGACCAACCAUCAAUCUCUGAUCUCCCGAGUUCAAGAUGCUGCAUCAGUCCUCCGCACUAUCAUUCGCACUACGAAACAGUCCUCAUCGCCAGCCAACUUCAUAAUGCAGUACAUUCUGCAACCGACUUCCAGGAAUGAUUUCUUUGUCCUAUGCUACGCAUUCCCCGCGCUGUCGCGUACUCCCAGAAUUCUUGACACUGCGCCAACUCUCCGGUCAGAUAUGAGCGAUUGGAACUACAAGGGCGCCCAGGUUGAGUCCGGGAGCAAGAACGUUUUGAACAUUGCAAGUAGCAGUCAACUUGGCUUUGUGGAAUUGGAAUUUAAGACCGGGAACUUGCUCGAGUACGCCAUCCGGAAUCUACCAUUUACGGGUAACAGCUGCGGCUGCAAUGCAAAACUGGAAGAAACGGUGAAAAACGAGCUGAAAAGCUUCAUGGGCUUCGACGGGUGUGUCCUUACUGCAAUCGGUUACCAGUUUAACUUGGUUGCCUUCGCAGCGAUGGCGAUGGCUGCCUCAAACUGUGAGGAAACAGUGUUUCUGAUGGACACCGGUUGCCACAACAGCAUGUAUAUCGGAGCAUUCAUUGCCUUGGGGAAAACAAAAGGCAAGGUUGUUCGGUGGCAGCACAACGAUGCGGUGGAUUUAGAAAAAAAGCUUCAGCACAUCUACGGUAACUACGACUCCACAGUGUCAACAGGAAGAAAGAACGUAUGGGUCACCAUUCUAGGGUUCUAUAGUAUGCUUGCAGCUGUACCAUGUCUUGAUGAGAUCAUAACAUUGAAACGCAAGUACGGUUUCAAUCUGUACGUUGAUGAAGCAGUAUCUUUCCUUGGUCUCGGACGGACUGGUCGCGGCAUCGUGGAGUUCUUUCGUGAUAGGGGCUCGUCAGAUCUUGGCAUGGAUGACAUCGAUAUGAUGGGCUGCACAUUUUCGAAGAGCUUGUCAUCCAUGGGUGGAUUUGUUCUCUGCCGAGCUCCUCUAACAUCACAUCUAGACGCCAGUAACUUGGCCAUACGAGCAUCAGGUGGUGGCUGUGUCGCCACUGUUUCAUUAAUUCGAACCCUCCAAAUCCUGAAGAAGCCGGCUCUCAUUAAGCAGCGCCUAGCCCAGUUGCGUCAGGUCUCUUCAUAUCUCAUUGAUGGCCUUGAAGCAAGAGGUUACCAAAUCGCAGCAAUGAGAGGCUCGAGCACGAUUGCUCUUUUCUUGGACAAUGUGUAUAGGAUGCUUGAAUUUUUGAAGCAUGCUAGAACCAUUGGAAUCAUCUGCACUGGAGCCGCCUUUCCUGCUGCGCCUCGUGGACGUCCGCUUAUACGUCUCCUUCUGACAGGGUUACACACGCCUGCAGAUAUCGAUGAAAUACUGGAUAAAAUUGACCAGGUCGCGAAAUCUAUUGGUGUGAGGACAUCGAAGAGGCCAAUUUCUCAAUCUGGCAAGACAGCUCCAGACACGAACGCGUCAGAUUCUGCAAUCUCACCCAGCGAACAUUUUAGCUCUACCGAGUCUUCUGACGAUGUCGACGCCUCAAUUCUUGCAGUGUGCCCAGAGCCUAUAUGCUCCUUAAAUUCCAAAUCUGCUACCAUCCGUGCGAGCGGAGCGUCAGCUCUGUCCAAGUUCGGCCUAGGUGCCCAGGGGGCCCGCUGGACAUGGGGCACAUUCUCCGCUCAUCUAUCACUUGAAAGACUACUGCGGACAAUUCUUGUCCCAGUGAUGUCUUUGUAUUUGCCCAGAAACAUGACUUUGGAUUCCAUGGAGACGAUGCUGUUUCCCGACCCCUACACUGGUAUCCUCUCCAUCAUCUCGCAAAACAUGGAAAGUUUGACAAGGCGACGAAAGAAGAAGGGAGAGAAAGUUUUGAUGCUGCUUCCUGAUACCUCAGGAGCUGACGUUAGGGACGGAGUUGCAGCAGCGCGGCCAGACGAGAGUGUGAAAGUGCGGUGGUAUACCUGCCGCCCUGAUGAGCAUGGAUGGGGAAAAAGCCUUCAAUCAAUCCUGCAACAAGAAUACGAGGUGUCCAGCAGGAAAGUGCACUUGACACUAUACAUCGAUUUGAAGCUUCUUGUGGACCAAAGGAGGAGUAGAAUUAGUGAGAAUGGAAGCCUUGGCUGUUUGAUUGCUUCGGAACUCAGCGAAACAUUGAAAGCGCUUGGACAGUUUUGGCCACCACUGAGAGAAACGACUCCACUACUUUCCGUCACUUUCAUACUGAACGACCCCUACAUGUUUUCCUCCGGUCUGUCAUCUACCCAUGCCCUCAUAUCUACGCUUGCAUCUUCCAGCCUCGGCGUCUUCUCUUCUGCUACAAAGCCAUCUUCAACCUCCCGCUUUCUCCUCUUCGGCUCAUUCGACUCACUGCCAUAUGCGAGUGGCCUACAAGGGGCUUUUUGUAUAGGAUCUCAGCAUCUCGUCCAGAAACUCCUAUUUAUGAGCCAAGGAGUGAUGUAUACAGCCAUGAUGUUGCCACUUAAUGCGGCAAUGGUGGAAGAGAGCAUCAAGGCGAUCAUUUCCGAGCCGAGUAGUGAUAGCGACCCGGUACUGUCUACAGCAGAUGCAAAGAUGGAGAUAGCCCUCUGUUAG